UGGAGAUGCUGUUCUUGCUCUAAAAAAGUAGGUGCAAGAUGAUAGAGGACAACGCAAUGUAAAGGUCUCAACUGUCAAUAAAAACUAGCAACCCUGAAAUUUUGACAUCAUCAUCAUGAAAAAAAUGGCAUCUGGUCCUUUGAAAAUGACGUCGCAAAUACUCCGUUUUCUUUUCGUGCUGUCGGCUGCUCUCCUCCUGGUUCCAACAGGAGCUUUGUUUCUUGACGAAAUAGGGAAAUGGGACUGGGCAUUGCACAGUAUAGGCGCACCGCGAAAGUUUCUCUAUACAAAGAAGGCUAUCGUCACAGUUUCCGGCGACAACGUGCUAGCCUUGCUCUCAUGGAGUAGUGGUAAACUGGCCUGGAGGAAAGUAUUGGAGAACAGGUAUAUUCGAGAGGUCGUUGUGGACCGCUCAAAAUCAAGAGCCUUCGUCCUUUCGAGCGAGCCGACACCGGGGAGUGAUGGUACUUGCUUCACGUUCAACGCUAAAGGUCGCGCAGUCGAUAGAAUUUUGUCCGAAUCAAUGUUUCCCAAUACCCAACGGCCGAGUACCUAUGUAUGAAGAAUGAUGACAUUCUUCAUGGCAAAAAAUUAUCAUCGGUGGAUAUGAUAUCACUCAACAUCAACACCUACACCUUUAGGUCUAGUUCACGUGUCAUGUUUUGACGCGACGGCAUCCGGGGAGCUUCUGUGGGAAAAGAAAUUCCCCGACGCGACUGCUGGAACAACGGCUAUCGCCCUGGCAUCAUCAGAAUCUUCGCAGCAACUGACUUUUGCUUACGAGGGAAGUCAGGCGAAGAAAUUCACCCUCCUCGGGCUCGACGACGGCACAGGAGAGCCAUCCUGGAAAACUACUGGAAGUGGCCGCAGCAGCGCAAUAUCGAGGGCUGGAAACCAAAUCACGGUUAUCGGACCCGGAAGCUUUCGACAGCUGCAGAAGAAAGAUGACAAGUAAGAAGGAAACCGCUAGUGGUUUUUUGCUCAGCGUUUUAAGUGUUGAUGUAGAAGUUGUACUAGUAGUUUAAUAACAAGAACAAAGUAUGCAUAGUGAUUACUUAAUACGAUCGCACUUUUUAAUAUUUUCUUCACAACUUGAAAAUGAAACUCAAACUACUCAAAUCAGGCCUUCCGGUUUCAAAGAGGUGAAGGUUGAGGGAAAGUCACUCGACAUUGCGCUCAUGUUGCAAAAUUUCGUCGUACUAAAAGAGGGACCAAAAGCCAGCAGUGGCGUUGUCGUCAACGUGCUAACAGGCAAAUCGGCUGGCAAAGUGGCCUCCCUCGGCAAGGGGCUUAUACCAGUCCCGAAUUCCGACUGCUUUGUACUCGCAGAAAAGCUAGAGUGCGUAGAUUCAGCGAAGCAGACAGUUGUUACUCUAUUCAAAGCUCCAGCAGCAAAGCGGUUAUUGCCCUUGGAAAAAGUACCAGAUGUCGGAGCCGCGCAAGCCGACGCAGAGGCACCAACGACAGCUGUGUCGAUCCUGAUCGUUGGGGAAAAAACAGGUAUAAUCGCAUAGUAAGCACCUAGUUGUUCUAAUUUCUCACUUUAGGUACUCAUGACCAUGUUUUAUCUAGUAUACCUAUACGACCUUCACUUACGUUUCAUUUUCCAUAACGGUGAUCGUGAUGUCAUGCCUGCGUAUCUAAGUGUACUGAAGAAGAUGCAUGAAAUUCCACCGUGAGCAGUCGCGCUGUACUAUCGAACGUUCACCAUUAGGCGCUCAAAUCGCGACAUUUGAUCUAGCUAGCGGAAAAGAGUCUUCUGCGAAGACCACAGUUUCGCUAGAAAUGCUCGACAGCAUGCCUACCUACGUUGCGCAACGAGAUGACAAGUAUUUGCUGGCUUCCGCAUCGCACGAGCUCCUGGUGAGCGACGGCAGCGCGUCAGUUGUCUGGAGAAGGGAGGAGGGACUUGGCUCAGUCGCAGACUCGAAGUUUUGGAAUGUGGGAGUGGUACUAUUUGUUGUUAAAAAUCCACAACUCGAACUCAAGAACCGUCGAGCUUGUAAUAUAUCCGUUGUAGUGAUCCCGUGAUUUAGGCAGCUGUUGCAGCAAGGAAACUUGUAGCCAGCUGCAGCUGAGUAAAAUGAUUAAUUAUGUAAGAAUAUUAACCCUCCGUAAUUCAAACGCAACCCACUCCCACAUCAGGGCUCCGAAGCGCUUGUCGCAAUAUCCGGGAAGAGCUCUGUUGAAAAGGCGGCCGAGGGAUUUGAUGUUGCUGCCGCUGCUGAGACACUGUUGAAUUUUGCUGACACUAAGGCAAGCGCAAUCUUGCAACUCCUUGAAAACCUUGGACGGCUCGCAGUUUCCAUUAUUGCACCGCCAUUGGCACCCGCGCCACCCGUGGUAAACUCGCAGACUCCAAAACUGAAGUUUGGUAGUGCCUCUUCCUUGAUAUUAUAGUAGUUUCCAGGACGUAUUUGAAAUCAAUGCAGCAAUCAUGAUGUAUACUGAGUAAAAGAGCCUUUGCAGACACACAGUCCUUCUUUACAAACUUUCAGUUCUUGCAGGCUCUUGAUGAUAAAUAGAUGUCCUUGGAAUCGCCACACUUGAUCGAUUCAUUCCUUUUCAGAUCCUAGCUCGAAGAUGCUUCCAACGCCAGUUGCGCCACGGUCGGCAGAAAUUUUGCGUAGCUAUGAUGGCAACCAACUGAUUUUCGCGCUCUCAGUGAAAGCUUCGAAAGUCUACGCUUUGGAUGCACCCACUGGAAAAAUGGUUUGGACGCGUUUUCUUUCUUUACCGGAGAACAAGGCAUCGGAUGAAAGCACAAUCGGAAAAGUGUCUAUCCAAACAACUGCAAGCGGCACCGAGCAAUUGCUACUCGAGGUGUCGCGUCUUUCUGGAGCGGAGACUACCUCAAAGUUCUGGGUUCUCUCUCCUCUAACGGGCAACGUGAUCAAGUCACAGAGUUUUACUCUACCUGGAGCCGACGUUACUGCUGUGCCAUUGAGCGGCCAAGGAUUGCUUUUGACGAGCAGUGACAGCACAGGGGCAGUUGUUAAGUCCUUUCAGAGCUCAAAAGCUGCAUCGUCUUCGGACGAAGAGCUUCAAUCUAGUAUUCCCAGCGAUGUGUAUGGCGUGGAUGCCCACGAAAACACGCUCACCGGUUAUGCACUGCUCGCAGGAUCCCUGCAGAAACAAACGGUUUGGACGCUCGACUUCGGGUCACUUGGAGAGAAGGUACUUGGAUACCAGAAGUCAGUCGACACGGAACAAACAGUGCCAGUCCACGUUCGAGGAGACGCAACAGUGAUGUACCGAUUCUUGGACCCAAAUAUGCUGGUGGUCCUCGCUGAGAAGUUGCCAUCCGACGAUGAGGCAGCAGCGUCCCAAUCGUACUCCUCAUACGGGGACGAUUCUGCCGAACUCGCGAUCACGGGAGGAGGUGGCCUUACGGUCUACAUCCUUAACGGCGUCAGCGGACAAAUAUUGCACCAAAACAGGAUCACUGAGGGCGCAGGGCCAGUGCACUUUCUUGCGGCAGAGAACUGGGCACUUGUGCACUACUGGAACCAAGUGCGAUCAAGGUACUUACUUGAAGAAUGGUCCAUACUUACAAUUCAUUUACUGUACCUAUUCAUUCGAUUCGGUCGACGGCAGUUGUUGUAUCUGCGAAAACGAAAAGUGAAAAACCAAAUAUAGGUGACAUGUAGUUCUAGUUCGUUUCUCUGAAUGUAGAAUAUCUAAUAAAUAUGCGGUCGCUCUGUAACUGUAUUCUGCCAUUUUGAUGGACAUCCACAGGUUUGAAAUUUACGUCGUUGACUUGUACGAGAAUCGGGAGGACGGAGGAGCGUGGAAGCUGCUGUUUGGCGCUGAGCCAAGACCAAGGUCGGCGUUUCAGCUCGAUACGCCUAUCCCUAUCCAUCAGACCUUCAUCUUCCCACAUCGCGUAAAAGCUAUCGGCAUCACGCACACAGCGAAGGGCAUCACACAGAAGGCCGUGCUCUUCAGCUUGGCGCAUGGGGAAAGCGUAGUAAAGCUGAACAAAGAUCAAUUGCUGAAUCCAAGGAGACCACUCAAGCUUCCAGAUGGUAUUUCUAUUUGCGGAUUUGAAAACUAAAACUUUAUGCGGGAUUAUGAACUAGGAAUCAGUCUAAGGACUCGAAGAGUACAUUAUAUAUAUCGUACUAGAUGCACUCGCUAGACCUCCAUUUCAAGUUGUUCGACCACAUCAGCCCUCUUUGAAACCUAUCAGGUACCGACGACAAGGCUCGCAUGCAGGUGUUGCCGAAGAACCUGCAGGUUACUAAGGACGACGUAAUUUUCCCCUACUCUCCUCUGCUUAUAGUAGCGCCGCAGGAUAUCCUGUCAUACUAUUUACCCGUGCGCGCAUCGAAGUUCGCAUCCGCCGCGACUAGUCUGGAGAGUACGAGUUUAGUGCUUGCAUACGGCAGUCUGGACCUGUUCUUUGCGCCAGUGCGACCAAGUCUGGCGUAUGACAUUCUCGGCGAAUCCUUCGAUUAUUUCAUUCUCUACUCAACGGGCGCUGCGACGUUCCUGGCCUGGGCAAUCACACAGAAAAUGGUACGCAGCAGGCAGCUCAGUGACAGGUGGAAGUGAGCUGCGGAGUGUUUCAAAGUCAUGCAUGCUGUAUCCCCUCCCUGCUCCGCUCCCAGCGACUCGUUUUGAAGCAGGAGCAGCCUGUAAUCUCUUCGCGGUCUUCGCUACUCCUGCUUUCCCCAACCCCACAUAAAGAUAGUGCGCUUGUAGUUUCACAUUCUCUUCUUCAAUUGACGCGUUUUGGUUUAUUAUUAUUUCACGGACCCAUCCGUACGCUGCUGGACAGUCGCCAAUAAGGCUGAAUUCUUCUAGUAGGCGCUACAAAAUGAUAGGAAUCACUCUUGCUGAAAAAUUCCCA